UUACAUUCCCGUCCGCGGAGCUUCUAGGCAGCAAACAAUCUUCCCCCUCCCUCCCCGCAACAAGCCGAUCCAACCAAAAACGACCAGGCAGACCAGAAGCGGAAAUACGUCAUCGGUGAACAACGCCCUCCCCCCCACGCUCUCGCUCAAGCCGGGCCUCCUCGGGAGGCCUCACCGCCCCCGCCCUGCCUUCGGUUUCCGUACAAAAUGGCGCCCCACGCUGCUCAGGCUGGUCCUAGGUUGCCUCCAGACCAUCCUCUACCAAGGCUGAAUGAAAGAAACACAUGAAUGUGGCGCUGACGAAAAUUCAGGCGCGGGAUGGAAGUCGAGAGUAACUGGUGAGAAGAGCAAUACUAGCUAUAAAAUGGAGAUAAUAGCCUCAGAGAGAAGUGCCAUCUUGCUUUACGGAGCUGCGGCGGCGGCUGUCCGGAAGCCACUUCCGGCCUGGUCCGGGAAGGCGGGCGCGACGCCGAAAGGGAGCUGGUCAAGUUCCGGUAGCGGCUCCUGGGGCGACUCCAGUCCGGACCCUGGCGGACUUCGCCGGCGAAGGCAAAGUCGAUUUCCAAAAGUGACUUUCCUCCCUCCAGUGAAGGCGGCGGAACCCUUACUAACGGCGUGUGAGCGGACGGCUCCGAUGGGUAAAUCCCAGCCCUCGAGGCCUCUGGACCUCGCACUUGAACGACAUGUUGGUGUGGUCACCAAUUACUCCGUGAAUACUAAUCAGGAACGUAGUCAACAUUAACUCAGUUAAUUCACUCGUGCACCCAGGGUCAGAUGCCCUCGAUGAGCAGGAGUUUGUUCCAUGGCAUUGUGUGUCGUUACCUGGGUCCAUGAACGAGCGACCCG